CGUCCAUCUCGCUAGCGCUGACUUUGCUCUUGUUAUGCAGCUGGCUUUGCAGUGAUUCCAGCUUCAGAUAUAUGAGAAACUUCAGGAAGGGGUUCGCCAAGACCUACCAUCAUCUAUUCAUGAUAACCGGCCACAAAUAAUUGAAGUGUCAAGUGUCACUUGCCAGGAUACAGGGUGCUGCCAUACCCCUCUUUUCAAUCUAUAUCCUGAACAUCGCAUCAUCACUAUCCCGAAUUGCAACAUACUCACCAGUUGGCAUUUCCACAUGCACUGAGCAUCCAUAUAUCAGCAAGCAAGCAAGCAAGCAAUGAACCACCAUCCCAUCACCACACAAUGACCCCCAACUGGUCCCAACUAUGGACCUUCAUCACCAACCCCAAAGACACCACCAGCACUAGCUCCAUCUCCCCUUCCCCAUCCACCCUCCGUCGCAUCAUCAAAUUCCUCUCCCUCCUAACCUUCUUCUCCAUCCUCCUGUACGCCCUCUACAUCCACUUCCAACCCUCCACCAUCCCCCAACCCCCCGAAAUCCCAGAAUCCCCAGACCUCCCUCCCCCCUCCCCAGAAGACACAUACAAAUCCAUCUACGGCUACCCCCCAACCAACCCUACCAUCCCACCCCUCCACAUCCACGACCCCAGCAUCCUCUACGACCUCCCCACAAACACCUACUACGCCUACGGCUCCGGCCCUCACAUCCCCAUCCACUCCGCCCCGACCCUCCAGGGCCCAUGGACCAAAGUCGGCUCCGUCCUCGACGCAGAUAGCAUCCUGCCAAAAGGUGAUCGCAAAGCGCCCUGGGCACCGACCGCCCUCCUUCACGACGGCACAUUCUACGUCUUCUACGCCACAAGCCAUAGCGGAUGUCGCGAUAGCGCCAUCGGCGUAGCCACUUCAUCCACCCCAGGCCCUGGAGACUGGGUCGAUCACGGCGCGAUAGCUAUCUCCGGCCGGGGGGAACGGGGGAAGGAGUUUCCCUUUGAUAGGGCGAAUGCGAUUGAUGUAAGCGUUGUGGUGGAUUAUACAGACACCACUCAAUCCCAACCCCAGCUUUCCGAAGGAGAGCCAUCUCUCAAAGAAGGCGGCGUUGGAAAGAAACCGAAAGGAAAAGGAUACAUGACCUUCGGCAGUUUCUGGACAGGGAUAUGGCAAGUCCCGCUGAAGCCUAACCUGCUUCAUAUGGAUAAGCAAGGCAACGAAGAAGAAAGGGUAAAACAUCUAGCCCAUGAACCCGCAGCCAUCCACCCACCUACCAAAAAAGCCGAUGGAUUAUGUGGCGAUACGACGGGUAUGCAUCCCGUCGAAGGGGCGUUUAUAUCCUAUCAUGAGCCAUGGUGGUAUCUGUGGUUUAGUUGGGGGAAGUGUUGCCAUUUUGAUCCGGAGAAGUUGCCCAAGGCUGGGAUGGAAUACAGCAUUCGCGUCGGGCGCUCACCUUCCCCUCAGGGCCCAUUUGUGGAUAAACAAGGGAGAGAUCUCGUGGAUGGUGGAGGGGAGAUUGUGUAUGGCUCGAAUGGGGAUGUUUAUGCGCCUGGGGGACAGGGUGUAUUGAGUGGGGAGGUGGAGGGGGAUGUGCUUUAUUAUCAUUAUUUGAAUAAAUCUGUAGGGUACGAGUUUAAGGAAGCACGGCUGGGAUACAAUUAUUUGACGUAUGUGGAUGGGUGGCCGGUUCCACUGUGAGUAAAUACUACUUAUUGGAGUGAAAACUAUUCAGACUCUUGUAUAGAUUCAGUUAGAGUAUAUAGAAUACAAUGUAUGUAAUAUUCAUGAGG